AUGACCUGCAGGAGAUGCUGCGCCACAUGUGGGACGGCGGAGGUGGCCGACAUCUUGUUCCUGGUGGGUGAGUCCUGGAGCGUGGGGGAAGGGAACUUCCGGCUGAUCAAAGACUUCGUCUACAGCGUGGUCCUCUCCUUCGAGAACGUGGCAAUGGGCAAAGAGGGCGUUCGGCUGGGAAUGGCACUCUAUGCGGAGAAGCCAAGGAUGAGUAUUGAGUUGACGGAUUACGUCACCAUCGAGGAGGUAUUGGUGGCCGUCAGGGAGCUCUCGUUCCAAGGGGGCAAUGCAAAAACAGGGGAUGCCCUGGUGUUUGUGGCCCAUGUGGUCUUUAGUCCGGCAGCAGCAAGAGGAGAUGCGGCAAAGAUCGUUGUUUUAAUCACAGAUGGGAAAUCUGCCGAUUCUGUCGAAGAUGCGGCUCAGGCGCUACGGGACAGAGGAGUUACAAUGUUUGCUGUGGGAAUUAAGAAUGCCGACAGGAACGAGCUGAGGAAAAUAGCUUCCACGCCUGCCGAGGAGCAUGUGCUUUACACUGAAGAUUUCCACUUGCUGGGUAACUUGUCCCCUAAACUCUCUCGAAGGCUCUGUGUCACGGCCUCCGAGCCUCCGCGCCCCACCAGGCAGGCUGUGGAUGUGGAGAAGAUCGUUGGUCCCCGGGAUUUACUUGUCAGCGAACAAAGUUACAGCUCUUUGAGGCUGACCUGGACUCCCGCCACGGGGAAGGUGAUGGAAUACCAUGUCCUCCUGAAUUCACUUUCUGCUACUGGGCAGCCUAUUUCUGAGGACCAGCGGCAGAUUGUUUUGGAUGGCAACAAAAGCACCGUGCUGGUGUCCGAUCUGAAGCCCGACACAAACUAUUUCUUCACGGUCCUGGCAGUCUACGCGGACGCCCUCGGGGAGUCAACGGCCGUCAAAGGGAAGACGACGCCCAUACCUCCAGUGACCAAUUUCCGGGUCAUCGAAGAAGGACUCUUUAGCCUCAAGGUAGCCUGGACUCCUCCCCUAGGGAAGCUUGAAGGCUACAAGAUCUACAUGCCCAGAUCAAACAGACCCGGGAUGACCUAUGAGCAGAUUCUGGGCGGAAAAGUCACCUCUCACGUGCUUGGCAACUUGCAGGAGGAUAAAGAAUAUACUGUCAGUAUCUAUGCUGUGUACCUCCAGGGCUCGAGCCAUCCGGUGUCCGCUACAGGGAGAACAUUGAAGCUCCUGCCAGUGAAAAGCAUCUUGCUCCAGAAUGAGACAACUGACACCAUCCAGGCCAGGUGGACCUCAGUUAGGGGAGCAUCAGGAUACAGGCUCACCUGGGUGUCGGCAGGGGGCAGCGUUGAGACCGUGAACCUGGACGACACUUGUACUGACUACAUGAUCCCGGGGCUGCAGCCUGGGCUGGAAUACACCGUCACUGUCAACCCCGUCUUUGGGGACGUGGAGGGGCCCGUGGUGAGCAGCAAGGCAACCACCUUGGCGGCGAGCGCUGUGCAGACCCUGAAAGUGACCGACGUAACAAUCAACUCUGCCCUGCUCGCCUGGAAUUCAGUGGCUGGGGCCACUGGGUACAGAGUGGCUUGGGGCCCUACUCCAGAAUUCUUCCACAAAGACCGACCGCGGCAGCUGGCUCUGAACAGCUCCACCACGGCCUACCAGCUCCGAAACCUGGCCCCCGACAGCGAGUAUGUGAUUUCCCUCUACGUGCUCUUUGGCUCGGCAGAGGGGCCUGGGAUCACCGCCUCAGCCAGGACGUCGCCGCUUGGCUACGUGUCCAAUUUCAAGGUAACUUCCUACACGAGCACAUCCAUCUCCCUUGCAUGGAGGGCCACCGCUGCAGCCACCGGAUACCGAAUCUCCUGGAGCCCAGGGGGAGCGGGCAGAGGAAGAGGAGUUGCCAAGAGCCAGUACCUGGGCAGCAGGGGACUUGCUUAUCACAUUGACCAUUUGCUGCCUAAUACCCACUAUACACUUGGUGUUCGUGCUAUGUUCAACAAGUCCGAGGGACCAGAAGUGACUCUCACGCACCGUACCGCCUCGCUCGCAGACUCAAACCCCAUCCAGACCGUCCGGGAUUUGCGGAUCGUUGACAUUGGAGUAAACAGCUUGAAGGUCUCCUGGAAAAGGACUCCGGGCGUAACGCACUAUAAGAUAUCCUGGGUCCCAUUCAGUGGUGGCUUGGAAACCUCACGGAUUGUUCCAGCAGAGAUCAUAUUUUUCACAAUUACUAAGCUGCAGGAAAGCACAACGUACACCAUCCGUGUGUCUUCAAUGAUCCAGGAACGGGAGGGAAGCCCAGUGCUUCUCAGUGCCAAAACAUUGGGUUAUCCUAAAGUGACUCAGUUUGCAGUUCAGGAGAGCACGGAAAGCAGCAUUUUACUGAGCUGGACGGGCGUUCCUGGGGCCUCUGCAUAUUUAUUAACAUGGCGCCUGGCAUCAGCGUCUGAUCUUUCCACUGAACUGUUGGGAGCAGCUUCUAGAUCAUAUCGAGUUGCAAACCUGAAGCCAAGAGGGAUGUACUCUUUUUCAAUAAGACCGCUCUUCGGAGAGACGGAGGGGCCAGAGGUGGCGCUUACUGAGCGGAUAGUGGGAUCUCGAGGGAAUCCUUCCACUCCUGCUCCUACCGUUACUUCUUUACCACCUGCCACUACGAGAGCCUGGUCCGGGGGUUCUAGCAGCGCAAGGGCCACUCCUCUUCCAUCAGCCACCACCAUGACAUUAAGAAUGACCCCAGCAACCACAGUUGUGACAACUAAAGCGUCGCCACCAUUGACCACUCUCUCUGGGCCAAUCUGUGGCAAGUUCAAAGCGGACAUCGCAUUCCUGGUGGACGAGUCCUCAAGCAUUGGCCAGAGCAAUUUCAAUAAAGUGAAGGAGUUCCUUUACCGGAUCGUCUCCUAUUUCCCCAGAAUUGGGCCCGAGGGAACACAGAUCGCUGUAGCUCAGUACAGCGAAGAGCCCAGGACUGAAUUCCACUUUAACCAGCACAACGAUCGCAAUGGAGCUCUCAGAGCCCUCAAGGAGCUGCAGUACACUGGAGGCAAUACAAAGACAGGUCGUGGCUUAGGCUAUGUGCUAAAGGAGUUAUUUCAGUCCUCCAAAGGGAUGAGACCAACCGUGCCUCGCACGCUGGUGCUAGUGACCGAUGGACAGUCCCAGGACGAUGUGUUGCCACCAGCCAGAGUGGCGCAUGCGUUAGGAAUCCGGGUCAUCGCUGUGGGGGUCUCCAGAGCUGACCCCCAAGAACUGAACAGCAUUUUGUUACACCGCAACCUGCAGAAUGUUUUCUACAUCAGCACCUUUGAGGACUUCCCCCACAUCAUCCGGGAGGUGAUAGAAACCAUUUGCUCUGACUCGCCGCAUUCGGGAGCCCAACUGCAGCCCGGGGAGGUUGCUAGACAGGAUAUGGUCAAACUGCAGCAGGUUGGUGGCAUGGAGAGCAACUCAUCGGUCCAUGAUCCAGCUUCCGCUGAUCCAGAAAUCCAAAGACCAGAGGGGCCAUGCAGUCUCAGGUGCUCAAAGGCGCCUAAGGGAGAGAAGGGUGAGAGAGGCCCACCUGGAGAAUUGAGCUUCACCGGUUUGCUGACUGGAGGCAGUUACGAUCCAUACAACUUUGUCAUAAAGGGAGAGAAGGGAGAGAGGGGGCUCCCUGGGAAAGAUGGAAUUCCCGGACUGCCAGGUCGACCUGGGCGAGUGGGGCCCCCUGGCUCCGUUGGGCUGAUGGGGCUCCCUGGUAUCCAAGGUGAUCUCGGACCUCUUGGAUAUCCAGGGCCAGCGGGGCCAAAAGGAGACAGAGGGGAACCAGGCUACGUGCUGGGAGGGGUGGAAGUGAUUCCUGGCCGAAAUGGACAACCAGGCUCUCCUGGACAGAAAGGGCAGCCGGGAGUUCCUGGAGCAGCAGGACCACCAGGGCCGCAGGGACCGCCUGGGAUGUCUGUGAAGGGCGAGCCUGGAGAUGCUGGUGGUAGAGGGCCUCGCGGGAAAAGCGGUGCCAAGGGUGACAAAGGAGAUGCAGGAGAGACCGGGAAAGCCGGUUUGCCUGGCCCUCUCGGGCUGGAUGGUGCUCCUGGAAUUCCCGGGCCAAGGGGAGAAAAGGGGGAGGCAGGGAUCGGCAUUCCAGGCACACCUGGCUUUAAGGGAGCAGAAGGAGGAAAGGGGGAAAUGGGGCCACCCGGAGCACAAGGACAAAAGGCGGGUAUUAAAAACAUGCAUCCAAGUUGA